CGGCCAGAAGUAACCCCAUCGUCACAUCACCCCACCGCCGCCGCCGCUGUCAAAGACCCUGCCGGGAUCGCGCCAGGCGCCGACCUCCAGUACUGCCGUCGCCCCUCGCCGAAAUAUGCACAGCCGUGCCCUGGAUUAGUCGCGUACGCUUCAGGAUUGCUUGCCGAUUCUUAUCCCACGUUCUUACAGCCUGCCAAGGCCGCUCCACCAUGGCAGAGGAAGCCCCCUCCAUCACAGAACCCCCCGUCCCGGUGUCCCACUUUACCAUCGGCACCGUGUCCGAGGAGAACUCGGAGGACGAGAUUCUGGGCAGGACGGAGGUGCCGCUGGAGGACAAGGAUCGCUCGCUGUCGCCUUCUUCCGUCAGCUCUGACGGCCUCUACGAGCCGGGUCUGGAUCACAUGGAUGGGCCCCUGCACAACAUGAGGCCCAGCAUGUCCGGCCUGCACCUGGUCAAGCGAGGUCAUGACCGGCGGCGCAUAGACCUGCAGCGUGACUUCACGGUGGCCUCGCCCGCGGAGUUCGUCACCCGAUUCGGGGGUAACAAGGUCAUAGAGAAGGUCCUCAUCGCCAACAAUGGCAUCGCCGCCGUCAAGUGCAUGCGCUCCAUCCGCCGCUGGGCCUACGAGAUGUUCCGCAACGAGAGGGCCAUCCGCUUUGUCGUCAUGGUGACCCCCGAGGACCUGAAGGCCAAUGCAGAGUACAUCAAGAUGGCCGACCACUACGUCCCUGUGCCGGGAGGCACCAACAAUAAUAAUUACGCCAAUGUGGAGCUCAUCCUGGACAUCGCCAAGCGCAUCCCUGUGCAGGCGGUGUGGGCAGGCUGGGGUCACGCCUCAGAGAACCCUAAACUCCCCGAACUCCUGCAUAAGAAUGGCAUCGCCUUCAUGGGCCCCCCCAGCCAGGCCAUGUGGGCUCUGGGGGAUAAGAUCGCCUCAUCCAUCGUGGCCCAGACGGCGGGAAUCCCCACGUUGCCAUGGAGCGGAGCGGGCCUGACGGUGGAAUGGACGGAGAGCGACCAGAAGAAGGGGAUCGUCAACGUCCCCCCUGAGCUGUACGAAUUGGGCUGCAUCCAGGACGUGGAGGCGGGGCUUAAGGCGGCAGAGAAGGUCGGCUACCCGGUGAUGGUCAAGGCCUCCGAGGGUGGCGGGGGCAAGGGCAUCCGCAAGGUCAACAGUGCCGAUGACUUCCCCAACCUCUUCAGACAGGUCCAGACGGAGGUCCCGGGCUCGCCCAUCUUCGUGAUGCAGCUGGCCAAGCACGCCCGCCACCUAGAGGUGCAGAUCCUGGCCGACCAGUACGGCAACGCCAUCUCGCUCUUCGGCCGCGACUGCUCGGUGCAGCGGCGCCACCAGAAGAUCAUCGAGGAGGCGCCGGCCACCAUCGCCACGGCCGACGUGUUCGAGGACAUGGAGAAGUGUGCUGUGAAGCUGGCCAAGAUGGUGGGCUACGUCAGCGCCGGCACGGUGGAGUACCUGUACAGCCAGGACGGCAGCUUCUACUUCCUGGAGCUGAACCCGCGCCUGCAAGUGGAGCAUCCCUGCACAGAGAUGGUGGCUGACGUCAACCUGCCCGCCGCCCAGCUGCAGAUCGCCAUGGGAAUCCCUCUCCACCGCAUCAAGGACAUCCGCAUGAUGUACGGCCUGCAGGCGUGGGGCGACACACCCAUCGACUUCGAGGAGCUGUGCACGCACCCCUCCCCUCGGGGGCAUGUCAUUGCUGCCCGCAUCACCAGCGAGAACCCAGAUGAGGGGUUCAAGCCCAGUUCCGGCACCGUCCAGGAGCUCAACUUCCGCAGCAAUAAGAACGUUUGGGGCUACUUCAGCGUGGCUGCGGCGGGGGGGCUACACGAGUUCGCUGACUCCCAGUUCGGCCACUGCUUCUCCUGGGGGGAGAACCGGGAGGAAGCCAUCUCGAACAUGGUGGUGGCCUUGAAGGAACUCUCCAUUAGAGGGGACUUCAGGACCACAGUGGAGUAUCUCAUCAAGCUUCUGGAGACGGAGAGCUUCCAGCAUAAUAGCAUCGACACGGGCUGGCUGGACCGGCUCAUCUCAGAGAAGAUGCAGGCGGAACGUCCCGACACCAUGCUGGGCAUCGUAUGCGGGGCUCUGCACGUGGCAGACGUCAACUUAAGGAACAGCGUCUCCAACUUCCUGCACUCUCUGGAGAGGGGUCAGGUGCUGCCGGCCCACACGCUGCUCAACACGGUGGAUGUGGAGCUGAUCUACGAGGGCACCAAGUACGUGCUGAAGGUGACGAGGCAGUCGCCCACCUCCUACGUGGUGAUAAUGAACGGCUCCAGCGUGGAGGUGGACGUGCACCGCCUCAGCGACGGGGGCCUGCUGCUCUCCUAUGACGGCAGCAGCUACACCACCUACAUGAAGGAGGAGGUAGACAGGUACCGCAUCACCAUCGGCAACAAGACCUGCGUGUUCGAGAAGGAGAACGACCCGUCGCUUCUGCGCUCGCCUUCUGCGGGGAAGCUGAUCCAGUACACUGUGGAGGACGGGGGCCACGUGUUCGCUGGCCAGUGCUACGCGGAGAUCGAGGUGAUGAAGAUGGUGAUGACGUUGACGGCCAUGGAGUCGGGAUGCAUCCACUACGUGAAGCGGGCGGGGGCUGUCCUGGAGCCAGGGUGCGUCAUCGCAAAGCUGCAGCUGGAUGACCCGAGCAGGGUGCAGCAGGCGGAGCUUCACACAGGCAGUCUGCCCCAGAUCCAGUCGUUGGCCCUUCAGGGAGAGAAGCUGCACCGAGUCUUUCACAGCACGCUGGACCACCUGGUCCACAUAAUGAGCGGCUUCUGCCUGCCCGAGCCCUUCUUCAGCGGCAAGCUGAAGGAGUGGGUGGAGAGGCUGAUGAAAACCCUACGAGAUCCGUCCCUCCCGCUCCUGGAGCUACAGGACAUCAUGACCAGUGUGUCCGGACGUAUCCCGCCUGCUGUGGAGAAAUCGAUUAAGAAGGAGAUGGCCCAGUAUGCCAGCAACAUUACAUCUGUGCUCUGUCAGUUCCCCAGUCAGCAGAUCGCAAACAUACUGGACAGCCAUGCUGCUACGCUGAACCGCAAGUCUGAGAGAGAGGUCUUCUUCAUGAACACUCAGAGCAUCGUUCAACUGGUGCAGAAGUACCGCAGUGGAAUCCGCGGGCACAUGAAAGCGGUCGUAAUGGACCUGCUUCGACAGUACCUGAAGGUGGAGAUCCAGUUCCAGAGCGGACACUAUGACAAGUGUGUGUUCACACUAAGAGAGGAGAACAAGGGAGACAUGGCUAAUGUCCUCAACUACAUCUUCUCACAUGCCCAAGUCACCAAGAAGAACCUUCUAGUCACCAUGCUUAUUGACCAGCUGUGCGGCAGAGAUCCCACCCUAACGGACGAGCUCAUGGCCAUCCUGACGGAGCUCACUCAGCUGAGCAAAACCACUAAUGCUAAGGUGUCGCUGCGGGCACGGCAGGUGCUAAUUGCCUCUCACCUGCCAUCCUACGAGCUGAGGCACAACCAGGUGGAGUCCAUCUUCCUCUCUGCCAUUGACAUGUACGGCCACCAGUUCUGCAUUGAGAACCUGCAGAAACUCAUCUUGUCGGAGACGUCCAUCUUUGACGUGCUGCCUAACUUCUUCUACCACAGCAACCAAGUGGUCCGGAUGGCUGCACUGGAGGUAUACGUACGCAGGGCGUACAUCGCCUAUGAGCUCAACAGUGUCCAGCACCGGCAGCUGAAAGACAACACCUGCAUCGUGGAGUUCCAGUUCAUGCUGCCGACCUCCCACCCUAACAGAGGGAACAUCCCCACCUUAAACAGGCGCAGAACGUCAUUCGGCUCCAACCUGAACCACUACGGCAUGGUGCACGUGGCGAGCGUCAGCGACGUCCUGCUGGACAACUCCUUCACCCCGCCCUGUCAGCGAAUGGGCGCUAUGGUCUCCUUCCGGUCCUUCCUGGACUUCACCAGAAACAUCAAUGACGUGAUGAGCUGCUUCUCCGACUCGCGGCCCCCCAGUCCCACCUUCCCCGAGGGUGGAAACCCAGUGCUGUACGGCGAGGACGACGGCAAGGGCGUACGGGAAGAGCCCAUUCACAUACUCAACGUGGCCAUCAAGACUGACGCAGACAUCGAUGAUGACGGCUUGGCAGCCAUGUUCCGGGAGUUUACCCAGUCCAAGAAGUCCGUUCUCUUUGAACACGGAAUCCGCCGGCUCACCUUCCUGGUGGCUCAGAAGGUGAGAGCCUUCGAUCGACGUCACGCCCCCCUGCCCCCCCAGGUACUGGGCCGGGAGGUCUACACCUCGAACAACCAGCUGGGCGGAAUCCAGAUCAUGCACAACAACGGUGUGACGCACAGCACGGUCUGCGACGACUUCGAGGGCGUCUACACCCUGUUGCAGUGGCUCUCCUACAUGCCUCGGUGCACCUCCAGCCCUGUGCCCAUCCUCGACUCCAAGGACCCCAUCGACCGACCCGUGGAGUUUGUGCCCACCAAGGCCCCGUACGACCCACGCUGGAUGCUGGCGGGACGACCCAGUCAGAACCCCAAGGGCCAGUGGGUGAGCGGCUUCUUCGACUACGGCUCCUUCCAGGAGAUCAUGCAGCCGUGGGCCCAGAGCGUGGUGGUGGGCCGGGCCAGGCUCGGGGGGAUACCCAUUGGUGUGGUCGCCGUAGAAACCAGGACUGUGGAGCUGUCGAUCCCAGCAGAUCCUGCUAACCUGGACUCUGAGGCUAAGAUCAUACAGCAGGCCGGCCAGGUCUGGUUCCCCGACUCGGCCUUCAAGACGGCUCAGGCCAUCAAGGACCUGAACCGCGAGGGUCUUCCGCUCAUGGUGUUUGCCAACUGGCGGGGCUUCUCCGGCGGCAUGAAAGACAUGUAUGACCAGGUGCUGAAGUUCGGCGCGUACAUCGUGGACGGGCUCCGAGAGUACCUCCAGCCGGUUCUGGUCUACAUUCCGCCGCAGGCCGAGCUCCGCGGGGGCUCCUGGGUGGUCAUCGAUCCCACCAUCAACCAGCGACACAUGGAGAUGUACGCCGACAAGGACAGCCGAGGUGGCGUCCUGGAGCCCGAGGGGACUGUGGAAAUCAAGUUCCGCAGGAAGGAUCUGGUGAAGACUAUGAGGAGGGUGGAUCCGGUCUACAUGGGGCUGGCCGAGAAGCUGGGAACUCCGGAGCUAAGUCCCGCAGAGCGCAAGGCGCUGGAGACUGAGCUGAAGGAGCGGGAGGAGUUCCUACUGCCUAUCUACCACCAGGUGGCAGUGCAGUUUGCGGAUCUCCAUGACACGCCAGGACGUAUGCAGGAGAAGGGUGUCAUCACGGAUGUGCUGGAGUGGAGAACCUCCCGGCAGUUCUUCUACUGGCGCCUACGCCGCCUCCUGCUGGAGGACUUGGUGAAGCAGAAGAUCCAGGCAUCCAACAACGAGCUGACGGACGGGCAGGUUCAGGCCAUGCUGCGGCGCUGGUUUGUGGAGGCGGAGGGCACGGUCAAGGCUUAUCUGUGGGACAACAACGAGAUGGUUGUGGAGUGGCUGGUGAGACAGCUUACGGAGGAGGAGGGGGCACGCUCCAUCAUCGACGAGAACAUCAAGUACAUCCGGCGUGACCACAUCCUCAAGCAGAUCCGCAGCUUGGUACAGACCAACCCGGAGGUGGCCAUGGAUUCCAUCGUCUACAUGACCCAGCACAUCUCCCCUACCCAGCGUGCGGAGGUGGUCCGGAUUCUGACCACCAUGGACACCCCGGCCUCCUCCUAGAGACAGCCUUCACCACCCGCACAUGCACGUGGUGUUCGGAAACUGAGGCUACAGGAGCCAAAAUGGCGUCCACAGGAGGGCCGGAAGAGCCAGCAUGGCGCACUAAUGGGUAUACGUUUUAUUGCCCUGGUUUCGUCUGCUAGCAGUGAUCCCGGUUUUAGUGGCUGUACUGUUCCAGGGGGCUCGACUUCCCUUUCAGCCUAGAAUACUGUGUACAUUUAAGGACAGUGUGUCGUGUCGUUAGUGUUUAUUUAUGUGCACUUAGCAGUCAAGCGUCAAGCACCUUCUCUGUGAUUUUAACAAUGGGAAUUCCUGAAAUAAACUAAAGACUAACAGUU